AUGGAAGUUCUUCGGGUCUCAUUGUGGUUUAGCCUAUUGCUCGCCAAAUGUAUUCAAGCUGCUCCCGAGCUCUUUGAGUCGGAGAAAGAGCAACUUACUCCACAAGACAUCCAAGCACUGCCAGCUGAUUCAAGUCACCUAUUCGAAUUCGGCUCCCUGUCCGGCGGUGUAGCUGCCAACCGCUCGUGCAAAGUCUAUCCGGGCGAUGUCGACUGGCCUUCCGACGAGAAAUGGGCCGCCCUCAAUCAAGCCGUGGACGGCAACCUUUUGAAGCCGCACCCGCGGGCGUCGGUCUGCUACGACGGCCCAUACUACGAUGCAGCCGAGUGCAGCAAGAUCUCAGCCAACUGGACCAACUCGUACAUCCACCUGGAAGACUCGAUCGAGAUGUUCUCCCCUGUCUACCAGGGUCUCACUUGCUCCCCGCCCAACAUUUAUGACAGCAAGGGCUGCACAAUGGGCGGAUUCCCGAUGUAUGUGAUUAAUGCGACGACACCGAAGCAUGUCCAGGCUGGGAUCAACUUUGCACGUAAUACUGGCGUGCGGCUGGUGGUCAAGAACACUGGGCACGACUUCUCUGGCAAGUCUGGUGGGGCUGAGUCCUUGAGCAUCUGGACGCGGCACUUCAAGGAGAUCCAGUACAUACCUGAGUACGAAGGCGAGGCUAGCGGCUAUUCUGGUGCCGCGUUCAAGUGCGGAACGGGUGUCCAGGCCUUCGAGACUUACAAGGCUGCUAGUGAGAAGGGUAAAGUGGUGGUUGGUGGGGAGGGACAGACUGUCGGAGUCAUGGGCGGUUACAUCCAAGGAGGCGGGCACAGCCCAUUGAGUUCCAUCUAUGGCACCGGAGCUGACCAGGUCCUCGCCUUCGAAGUCGUGACCUCGGAUGGAAAGUUCGUGACAGCCGACUUCACUCAGAACACAGAUCUGUUCUGGGCACUCCGUGGAGGAGGUGGCAGCACGUUCGGCGUUGCCACGUCUGUGACCGUCAAGGCAUUCCCGGACGUACAGACUACAGCAUCAAGAUUUACGUUUGACACCACCACGGUUGGCAAUGAUACCUUCUGGGCCGGUGUUCGUGCCUACUUCGACUACUUCCCCAACAAUGCGGACCUUGGGACCUAUGCGUACUUCGUGCUGCUUCCUAAUAACCCAAAAACAGGAGUUUGGACAUUCCAGAUGACUCCUUUCUUUGCGCCUAACAAAACUCUGGCAGAGACUGAGGCGAUUUUGAAGCCGUGGUUGACUCAACUUGAUGCCCUAGGGAUCAAGGUCGAUCCCAACAUCACCCAUUACGACUCCUUCUAUCCUGCCUGGGUACAGUCCUUCCCGCUUGAAGUGAUCCAAAAAGUCAACGCCGCCAGCGGGUCGAGGCUCUUCCCACGCGCCAACUUCGAGGACCCGGAGCUGCUCAACACGACCUUCGCCAACAUUCGCCUCUCGUCGGAGCGGAACCGCGUCAUCGUCGGCUUCAACAUCAAGGCGGUCUCCCCAGACGAUCCGGACAACGCGGUGAACCCGGCGUGGCGCGAGAAUGUUUUCUUCGCCAUCCAGUCCGUCCGCUGGAACGUCAACGCCACGACGGACCAGAUCUGGGAGGCGCGGAGGAAUCAUACGUUCGGCGAAAUGCAGCGGUGGCGCGAUAUCAGCCCCGGCGCGGGUAGCUACCUUGCUGAGUCGGACCGUCUCGAGCCCGACUUCCAGCAGGCGUUUUAUGGGAGCAAGUACCCCAAGUUGCUUGAGCUGAAGAGGAAGUAUGAUCCGAAUGAUGUGUUUUACGCUGUUACGGCUGUUGGGAGCGAGUUUUGGCAUGUGGUGACGGCCAAUACACUGCCGAGUGAGAAUGGGCGGUUAUGCCGGGUCAAUACCACUGGUACAUAA